AUGCUGUCAGCCGAGCACCCUGCGCAUCCCAAAGAGGGCCUGGGGAGACCUGACGAUCAGUCUGUUGAGAAGGGCGAGCACGCUGGACCCGAUGUUAUCCAGCCCCAUGUUCUCACCGACAAUCUUAUCCCCCAGCAGCUGGGCCGAGGGGUCUUGAUUCCCUUGAAGACGACGCUUGAGAUCCGACAGGACCAUACCAUCGUGCAGGCCUUGAUCACCCGAGCGCCUUCUACGUCCACUAACAAUGUCGUCAACUUGAUCCGCUCGAUGCUCCCUGAGGGCGUGGCUAACAACCUGCCUCACUUGCGCCGGUGCGCAAAGCCAGCCGAUAUCCCGGCUCACCUCAAGACGCAGUUCAUGAACGACUCUCCGGAAGGCCGCCAGGUCCACACCGGAAAGUCGACCUGGAUCUACAUCAUGCUUGGCGAAGAGAAAGACUUUGAACGGCAUGACUUGACUGUCAAAUUGUCCGCCAUUGAAGGCUUGGGGGAGAAUCUCUUCCUUACCAAGAUCCCAAUCCCCGCGGUGCCCCCCACUUCCCAGAUACAGGCGGCCAUGUGGACAUCGCAGUUCUGGCCCACGGUGUACAGGAAGAACAAUCCUUUGGGACCACACCCUAGCAUGGUUAGCCGCUCAACAGAGACCAUCAAGGACGAGACGUCCCUGUGGAUGACGUUGGCCCACCGCGUCGCUCUCCAGGCCAGGAAGGCGGGCGUCGGCGAGGCCAUGGGCGCUGUCAUUGUGCAGCGCGAGGGAGGCAAGUCGACGCUCGUAGCAGUCGCCGGAGAUGCUCGCUGGCACCAGGAACCCAGUCGCAGCGGUACCGGCAACCCCAUGGCUCACUGCGCGCUCAGAGCUAUCAGCAUGGUCGCACAGAAGCUUGUCCGACACGAGAGACGGGUGGCCGGACACUCCCACUCGCCUCCCAUCCUCGAGUACGACAUGUUCCAAGAUCUCCCGCUCGUCGAAGAUGAGCUCACGGUAUAUAACGAUGAGCACCCCAAUACGGACGGCUAUCUGUGCCACGGCAUGGAAAUGUACCUGACCCACGAGCCUUGCGUUCAGUGCUCGAUGGGAAUACUGCAUUCACGAAUGGGCAAAGUCGUCUUCGCGCAGCGGAUGCCGCUUACCGGGGGCAUGUGCUCAGAGGACCGAGGCCACGAUCAUCCCGAACUGGUCAACUGCGGCGGCGGCGAAGGACUCGGUCUCUUCUGGAGACGCGAGCUCAACUGGAGCUUGUUGGCAUGGGAGUGGGAAUCAAGCGACUGUGUGGGACCCUUGCCGCCGGUUGAUCACAGAGUCCAUGCUUAG